UUAUCGAUUUCUCCUUAGAAAUUCAGAUAAGACAGAAGAUAACUCAAACGGCUGAUCCUCGAGAUGUCACAGGAGACAGAUCUGUUGCACUGCUAUCAUCGUGGCUGCGGAAAAAAGUUCGAUCGAAGGGACAAUAAGAACGACGACUGCCUCCACCAUCCGGGACAGCCGGUGUUUCACGACGCGUACAAGGGCUGGUCCUGCUGCAACAAAAAGUGCACGGACUUCACCGAGUUCUUGAACAUCAAGGGCUGCACGAGGUCGAAACACUCGAAUGAGAAACCAGUAGAACCUGAGAAACAACUGAUCAACAAAUCCAAGGCUGAUGAGGUGAUACAGGUCGUUACGAGAUUGCCACUGAACAAUGGAACCCUGGAGAGACCUCCCUUUGACACGCCUCAGCUCACCUUGUCGCCAAUGAUAUCUCCCACUUUACUAGAGCAAAUUAAGGGGCUGACAGCUUCGGAAAACACAAAGCCAACAGAUGAAGUGGUACAGAUAGGAGAAUCUUGCAAGAAUAAUUCCUGCAAGGAAACUUACAUGGGGACCACCUCUGACAAAGAGGUUUGCAAUUAUCACCCUGGUGUACCCAUCUUUCAUGAAGGCAUGAAAUAUUGGUCCUGUUGUCAGAAAAAGACUACAGAGUUUACCACAUUUCUGGGACAACCAGGGUGUACGCAAGGCAGACACGUAUGGUUUUCUAAGAAUAUGGGAAAGAAGGCUCAAUGUAGGAUGGAUUGGCAUCAAACUGGUUCAUAUGUAGUCGUUUCUAUAUUCGCAAAAAAAUACCUGCCCAGUCAGUCUACCGUAAAACUAAAUCCCAUCCAUCUGACUGUAGAUUUAUUCUUUAUAGAAGAAAAUUCGAGGUAUAAUCUUGAUAUAGAAUUGAAAGAAGUUGUUGAUGUUGAGCGAAGUAGUGUACAAAUGUUGCCAACUAAGGUAGAAAUUAAAUUAAGGAAGGCUGAACCUUGCUCCUGGUCGAAGUUGGACAUUUCCAGAGAAACCAAACUAAAAAGUUUUGAAAGUAGUGAAAAAGUUACAAAUCUCAAUUCGCAAAUCGAAGCUGUGGAUCUCAAUGACCUUUAAAUACUACUAAUUUUUAAUUGUUGAGGAAUGCACAAUUAAAUUGAUGAAACUAA